CCUCGCGCUCCCUGGCUGCUUGGCAGCCGCUACCAUUACCCAGACGCCGGCUCGGGCGCGUCGCUGCCUGCAGCCAGACGCGGCUCUGCUCCAGUCACUCUGCAAAGCGAGCCAAUGAUCAGCCCCCCGCCAACGCCGGGGAAGGCCCGGGCGGCGCUCCUGGCGAAAGCGAUGCGGCUCCCCCCUGGAUCCCCGGCAUGAGCGCCUGGGAGGAUGGACACGAUGUCUUUCAAGAAGGAGACGCCACUUGCAAAUGCAGCAUUUUGGGCUGCAAGGAAGGGAAACCUGGCUCUUCUUCAGCUACUGCUAAACAGUGGACGUGUGGAUGUAGACUGCAAAGACAGUCUUGGUACAACACCUCUCAUGGUAGCGUCAUACUAUGGCCACAAAGAAUGCGUCCGAGAACUGGUGCUACAAGGAGCUGACAUCAAUCUUCAGAGAGAGUCUGGUGCCACUGCUCUUCUCUUCGCUGCCCAACAGGGUCACAAUGAUGUUGUGACAUUUCUGUUUGAGUAUGGAGCCUCCACAGAGUUUAAAACCCAAGAUGGAGGCACUGCUCUGCUAGCUGCUUGUCAGUAUGGGCAUAAGAAAGUGGUGGAGACCUUGCUGAAGCAUGGUGCCAACAUUAAUGAUCAGCUUUACGAUGGAGCUACUAGCCUGUUCCUGGCUGCCCAAGGCGGCUACCUGGAUUUAAUUCGGCUAUUAAUGUCUUCAGGAGCAAAGGUCAACCAGCCAAGGCAGGAUGGGACAGCUCCAUUGUGGAUAGCCUCUCAGAUGGGUCACAGCGAGGUAGUGAGGGUAAUGCUGCUCCGUGGAGCAGACCGAGAUGCUGUGAGGGAUGAUGGCACAACUGCUUUGUUCAAAGCAGCAAACAAAGGCUAUGCUAAUGUUAUAGAAGAACUGCUUAAAUUUUCCCCUGCACUGGGUUUAUUGAAGAAUGGAACCUCAGCUCUCCAUGCAGCAGUUCUUGGUGGCAAUCUGAGAGCAGUAGCACUACUCUUGGAAGCUGGAGCAGAUCCCUUCCUUAAGAACAAGAAAAAUGAACUGCCUUCAGAUCUUACAAAAAAUGACCGCAUCCUCCGGCUCCUGCAAUCCAGGGGAAAGCACAGAAAGAGCUAAUGCAAGAGCACGCUCUGAGAGAGCAGAGAAGCCCUGCCUACUAUGAGCCCUUGAGCAAAGCUGGUGUUC